AUGAAGUACAUCCAAACUGAACAAGUCUUAGCCAUCCCAGAAGGCGUCACUGUUGCCAUCAACGCCAGAACCGUCAAGGUUGUCGGUCCAAGAGGUGAAUUGACCAAGGACUUGAAGCACAUCAACGUUACCUUCGUUAAGCUCAACAACCGUGCUAUCAAGAUUAUUGUCCACAACGGUGACAGAAAGCACGUUGCUGCUUUGAGAACCGUCAAGUCUUUGAUUGCUAACUUGAUCACCGGUGUCACCAGAGGUUACAAGUACAAGAUGAGAUACGUCUACGCCCAUUUCCCAAUUAACGUCAACACUGUUACCGUUGACGGUCAAGAUUUCGUUGAAAUCAGAAACUUCUUGGGUGAAAAGAGAGUUAGACAAAUCAAGAUUUUCGAUGGUGUUACCAUUGAACAAUCUGCCAACGUCAAGGAUGAAUUGGUCUUGUCCGGUAACUCUUUGGAAGCUGUUUCCCAAAACGCUGCUGACAUCCAACAAAUCUGUCGUGUCAGAAACAAGGAUAUCCGUAAGUUUUUGGAUGGUAUUUACGUUUCCGAACGUGGUACUAUUUCCGAAGAAUAAGCGGUUUGCUGGUUUUAAAAAAGUUUUAAUUUCUUAAUACACUGAACUCUCGGUUUAUAUUUUUUUUGUUAGAGUUUACGGGGUUUAUAGUCAAUUUGGUUUAUCAUUUGGGUUGACUCCGUCUCCUCGUGCAAUCGUUAUAGGCUCAAGCAAUAAAGAGCCACCAACGAUUUGCUUUGUAGGCAUUUUUAGACCC